CAUCCUCCCAUGAAAUUUUAUUCGACUUCCUAGACAAAAAUAUUGAAAAUGGCAAGAGAAUACGACCAUUUAUUCAAAUUACUAAUCAUUGGUGACAGUGGUGUGGGGAAGUCGAGUUUAUUGUUAAGGUUUGCAGACAACACAUUCUCAGGUACUUACAUUACUACAAUUGGUGUAGAUUUUAAAAUUCGAACCGUAGAUGUUGGGGGUGAAAAGGUCAAGUUACAGAUUUGGGAUACUGCAGGUCAAGAACGAUUUCGAACAAUUACAUCAACGUAUUACCGAGGUACACAUGGUGUGAUAGUGGUAUAUGAUGUAUCUAGUGGGGAAUCAUUUGCUAAUGUUAAGAGAUGGUUACAUGAAAUAGAUCAAAACUGUGAUGUUGUGAAUAGAAUUUUAGUUGGUAAUAAAGAUGAUGAUCCAGAUAGAAAAGUUGUGGUAUCAUCAGAUGCUCAAAGAUUUGCUGAUCAAAUGUCAAUACAAUUAUUUGAAACCAGUGCCAAAGAUAAUAAAAAUGUAGAAGAAAUGUUUUUAGCAAUAACAAAACUGGUCUUACAAUCGAAAAAAGAACAACAAAAGAAAAUAGCGGACCAACCUCAAACAAUUAAAUUAGAUGGAAGUCGGAAAAACAGCAGUAAGAAGAAAUGUUGUUAAAAAUUGACAAAAGCCUAGUAUUUAAUGAUGUUUUAGAAACUUAACAAAUUAAGCUCUUUGUUUCUUCUAAUUUUAUAACAUUCUGAUUUUGUUAGAGUUUUAGAGCUGGAAAUAUCUUAGUCUUAUCCUGAAUUCAGUUACACUCAGAAUAUAUAUCUGACAUGAAUACAAU